GAUAUAUAUAUAGGAGGCGUUAAACCGGCGUCCUUCAAAAGCAGCCAUGGCUGCCGCAGUGCGCCUAAUCAGUUUUCGAGCUCUCAACUGCCAUAUUUAUCAGUGCAGUCCUCACUCUCCUCUAUCACUUCGUCUCCGAAACCCUCGACCCAGAUCAAUUCAACAUCCCGCCUCGGCUGGAUUCCGAUCUACAGCUGUUAUAACCGGCAACGGCGUCGGCCAUUGGCCGGCGGUCUUUCGUGCGCAGUCACCUCUAUUUCUCUCAAUCUCCUGCUCCGAUCUAUUGAAGGAUGGCAUCGAUGGCUCCUUACCGGAGCCAGGGAAAGGGUUUCACCUCUGGGACCCGGUGGGCGAGCUAGCUGUCCGGCAUGGCGGCGGGGAGAAAGGGGCAAUAUGGACGGUGGUGCUAUUGGGAUGGUUGGGUGCGGAGGAGAGGCAUUUGAAGAGGUAUGCUGAUAUCUACAACGCGAGGGGGAUUCGAUCUGUUCGGUUCGUGGUGCCGCUUUGGGAGAUGGUGGGUUUGGAUUUGGGGCAGAGGAUGGAGGCGAAGAUCGCGAGAUUUGCGGAGGAGCUAGCGAACUGGUGCUUGGAAAGUGAGAAAGAUGGAAGGGAGCGGAAUUUGUUUUUCCACACCUUCAGCAAUACUGGUUGGCUAGUCUAUGGUUCAAUUCUGCAGAAUUUCCAGUCAAGGAAUGACGUUCUUGAAAAAAUUAAAGGAUGUGUUGUUGACUCUGGAGCUGCCUCUGAGAUAAGCCCCAAGGUUUGGGCCGCCGGCUUCUGCGCCGCACUGAUAAAGAAGCGCAGCUCUUCUGUCAUUGCUGCACUUGAACAAAUCAAUGGGGACGGUGCUGAAGGUCGUGGUGACAGAUCCGGCAUGCAAGAUUGGAAAUCACAAGCCCUUGAAAUCAUUGUCAUGUUCAUUUUAGAGAAAAUAUUCAGCAUUAUUCUGAUUUUGCCAGAUGUUAAUCAGAGAUUGUGCAAAAUUAUAUCCGUUCUGUCAAAGAAACAGCCACCUUGCCCUCAGCUUUACCUCUACAGCUCUGCUGACAGAGUAAUCCCAGCUAGUUCGGUGGAAUCCUUUAUUCAUGAACAGAAGGCUAUGGGAAGAAAAGUUCUUCAUUAUAAUUUCGGUACUUCUCCUCAUGUUGACCAUGUCAGAAGCUUCCCUCGUAUUUAUUCUGCUAAAAUUUCAGAAUUUUUAGAGGAAUGCUCUUCUCAAAUUAUUUGCAGUGCAUAAUCACAAUCAACCCCUUCAUUUUAUGACAAUUUACUGUAAUUCACUCACAUUAUUUGUGAAAACUUUUUAUACCAUUAUAUAUAUAUAUAUAUAUAUAUAUAUA